UUUCCAGAGGCGUUCAAACAAGUGUGGAAAAAUAAGAGGGAUGACAAUAACCGACAGACCAAUGGCAAGAAAGAACAACAUAGGAUAAAUAACAAAAGAAACAAGAGUCGAACAAGUAGGCGCAGGGCAAAGGGGAUCCUGACAAGGGAGUGUACGUCUCCAGACAUAUCUGAUGAGGAUGAUGAGACAGUCAAACUUGUGCUGCCUCUGGUGUGGGAAUCCCCCAUGAUGACAGAUAUAAAAGAACAGCUGGAUAUCAUCAGGGGAAAAGACAUGCGUCAGGACCACCUAUGCAAGAUGCUCAGAGACAGUCCGUCUGGUCGGGUGCCGAAUGGGCCAUUCGAGGAAGAUACAAGGAACAAAGAGGCAACAACCUGAUAUCAAGGAGGAGAAUCCCAUCAACCCCUGAGUCAUCACCUCCAUCCACUCCAUCCACAUCCUCUCGAGCCACAGCAUCCUCUGCCACAUUCUCCUCCACUCCUUCUGACACAUCUUGCCAACCAGAUGCACCGUCAACCCCUUCCUGAACAUCUUCAUCUUCAACACCCCUAUCAACACCAACACCAACACCAAGACUAUUCUGCGACCUUUCCC